UCGUGUGCGUCAGUUUGGUUUUCCUCACGUGCACCACCAGACGCCGCCUCUUCUUGCGCCUCCAACGCAGCCCUUGACUCGUCAAGCACAAUGGUGACGUUGGGUGCAGCAGUUGCUGGCGCUGUUGGUGUCAGCGGCGGUUUUGCGCUCGCCCUCGGGGGGUGGUCCAGCACGUCUCUUGGCGCGAAAUCGCUCUUUGUGUCCGUGCAAUUACUCGCAUGCUUUGCCAUGGGGUUCAUUGCGAGCUACAUGAUCAUGGACAACCUGGCAUCUGUCGCGGAAGUCUUACGCAUUGGCAUUGCCGCUGGUGUCGGGGGUGGCCUUGCGCUGCUCAUCGUGUUCGCCACGUCGUUGGGCCCGUUCGUGCUCAUCUCGCUCUCGGGUGCCAUCCUUGCCCCGUGGCUCCUCGUUUUGGAUCGGUACACCGGCAAGGUGUUUCUAGGCCAGCCCAGCUUUGCCAAGCAGGAGUUUCUAGUCGCGUUUGUGAUUAUUUUCUUCCUCCUGUUCGUGUCGAGCUCCAAGUCGGUGGACCUGGAGACCCACCGUUUUAAGUACCUUGUCAUGAGCGCCAUCCUGGGCGGUUGGUUGUUUUCGGACGCUGUUUCCCGCUUGGCGUUCCCCACCCACGUCCCGCUCUCAACACUCCUCUUUGGCAGCAUCGGAGUGUCCCAAAAACCUGACUUGCCUGACCUGAGCGGCGACAACAAGCUUCUCAUGUUUGUCAUUUGGGGCGGCGUGUCCCUGGUCGGCAUGAUCAACCAACUCGCCAUGCGGUGGGGCCUCUUCUGCUACAACAAAGUCGGCGGCCAUCUCCCGCUCAACGGCGUGUUGCAAGAAGAACUGCCGGAAUUGCCGGUCGGCGCGGCCGCAUCGGCCAUGGUCGCCAACAACCGCAUUGUGUGCGAAAACUGCUUUGCGACCGUCCCCCCCGCCACGGCGUUCUGCACCGAGUGCGGCGAAUCAAUCGCGACCGAUGCCCAAGGCGACCCAAAUGUGUCCAUUUCGACUUCUCAGCAUCCAUCCGUGGCCGUCGGCGCGGACGGCAAGACCCCCGAGCGGUGGCAACAAGUCCCGAACCGCGCAUUUAUGGCGUCCACGUCGUUUGUCGACCCCAAGAAAAUGACCGAGAAGACCGCGGAAGCGCGAUCGAUUCGAUUCAUGGACCAAGGGGAAGGCGGUGCCGCGGGCGGCAAGAGCCCGUACGAGUCGUCGUUCCGGUCGUUUGCCAUGAGCACGUUUUCGAUUGCAGGGCGAGCGGCCGAGCCGGUACAGACGCCCAACAUUCGCAAGUACAAGAUGUCCGGUGGCGGGUUUUUCCACAUUGUGUACUUUUUGUCUGCGAUCACGGGCGUCGUGUGGCUUGUGUUUUUGAUCACGUUUUACCCGCGCGAGUCGCCGUGCAAUCGCACGCAGCCGCAUCUGGGGUGCUCUCUCAUUGAGGACAGCAUCAAGCAAAUGAAUGGAUGCUACCCAAGCACGGAAGAAAAGAACGUCGACUUGGCGACGAACGAACCGUACUGCAUCAAGCCGACCCCCGCCGGCGUUUGGUUUUGCUACAUCAUUUUUGUCGGGUCCGAGUACCUCAACUUUUUCCUCGGUCUCCUCUUCAACUUCUCCAUGUGGCGCCCCGUUCGCCGCGGCGCGCGGUACCUCAACGACUUCAAGCCUCCGCUUCCCAAGGAACAGUGGCCGAAUGUCGACAUCUUCCUCUGCCAUUAUUCAGAGCCCGUCGUUGACACGAUGAAGACGCUCAAGAACUGCUUGGCGAUGCAAUACCCGCCCGAACUCCUCCGCAUCUGGCUCUGCGAUGACGGGUACACCAAGUCGGUUUGGGAUGCCAACAACCACUUCAAAGUGACUGUGAACACGAAGAACAUCCAGUUCUGCGGCGACUUGCGCGGGGAUGUCGCGCGGUUGAUGCACGAACGCGUCGUGGGGCCUGUCCCGGACGACAACGCACUCAAGGCGUGGCGUCGCCAGCACUCGAGCGUGCGAGAGAUCAAAGGCUCCGGUGACAAGGGCAUUCAGCGCCGCGAUUGCGCUGUCGGAUCGCUGAGCGACGACUACGAUUACCGCGACCGUGGCCUGCCGCGUGUGACGUUUGUUGGUCGCAUGAAACCGGAGACACACCAUGCCAAGGCCGGUAACAUCAACAACAUUCUGUUCAACGAAGGCGCGGACGGCAAGUACAUUUUGAUUCUCGAUAACGACAUGAAGCCCCACCCCAAGUUUCUCUUGGCGGUGCUGCCGUUCUUCUUCUCGGAAGGCGAAGCGGUUGACGGCGGCGGACGCCAGUACUCGGACGACAUUUCGUGGAACCAAGUGGCGUAUGUGCAAACGCCGCAGUACUUUGAGGACACGCCGCAACUGACGGAAAUGGGCGAUCCGUGCGGACACAAGAACACGAUCUUUUUCGACGCUGUGCAGUGCGGUCGUGAUGGGUUUGAUUCGGCAGCUUUUGCCGGGACCAACGCGGUCUUUCGUCGGCAAGCAUUUGACUCGAUUGGCGGCAUCCAGUACGGGACCCAAACCGAAGAUGCGUACACUGGCAACAUCCUGCACACUGCCGGGUGGGACUCGGUCUACUUUCGCAAGGACUUUGAAGGCGACGCCAAGGACCGCAUCCGUUUGUGUGAAGGUGCCAUUCCUGAGACCGUUGCGGCUUCGUUGGGCCAACGCAAGCGUUGGGCGAUGGGUGCUGUGCAAAUUUUGCUCAUGAAAGGGGAAUCCGAAGUCGAUCCGGACUGGCGCCCGCCGCGCGUGGCAGCGCCGGACCCGAAACCGUCGCUCGACUUUCCUCGCAAGUUGUUCUUCUACGACUCGGUCUUGUACCCGUUUGGGUCGAUUCCUGCGCUGUGCUACGUCUUCAUUGCCAUUUACUACUUGAACACUGGGGACGCGCCGAUCUACACCCAAGGCAACUUGCUCUUGUACACGUUUUUGCCGCUCAUGUUGUCCCGAUGGAUGCUCAACUUGCUCGCGAACCGCAGUGUCGACUCAAACGACGUGUGGCGCGCUCAGCAGACGUGGUUUUCGUACUCGUUCAUCACGGCGUUGGCUAUUGGCGAAGCAGUACGCUGGCGCUUGACGGGUGUCAUUUCCGCGUGGGCGAACACGGGUGCCGGGCAAAAGACGUCGUGGACGGAAAUCCCCAACGUUCUCAUGUACUUUACGUUGAUCGUGUCGGAAUUCAUCGCCUUGAUUCGGUUCUUCCAGUACGAAAACGCAACGAGUCCGUGGAACUACGUGUCGGCCAUGUUUUUUGGGUUCUGGAUCAUGAGCAACUUGUACCCGAUGGUCAAGAUGAGCAUCUCGACGUACGCCGGGUGGGAUCACACGAGCGCGACGUUCACGGCAAACGUGUUUGGGUCGCUCCUGCUCGUCGGGAUCGUCGUCUUUGUCCAGUACUGGCAAAUGUACUUCGAGAUCAACAUGUUGCAUGCCACGGGCCAGGUCGCGGCCGGCACUGGCGUCUAAGUUAUCCGCCCGAGAGUGCAAGCACCGGUUGCAUCCUUCGUCACAAUAUAAGCUCCUGCAUACUUUUGUUCAUUCCUGCGCGUGUUCCUCGGAUAACAACAGAGAAUGCAUGUGACACGACGG